GUUCAGGCAAUGGAGGCACAUGGGCAGCAGCAUGUCCAUGCUGACCUCGAAAGUGUACGAUGUUCUGUCGUGCGCAGAAUAAUUUGACGGAUUGAGACUUACUUCCAGUUAUAGACCCAUGUCUACGAGGGCAUUGUUGCGUUAUGUGGCCAAGCUGCGGCACGCCCACUCGCACCUCAGGCUAGAGUGCAGGCACAUCUCCUCGCGACAGAAGAAGGGCAAACACGAGGGGGAAGAGGAGAAUGGUCCUGAAAAGUUACAAUCCCUGGUGUACAAUCCUUCUGCUUACUACCAAAACAAAGUGGAGCGGUCUGUGCUCUUGCGAGAUGCUUCUGGGUUGGAUGAGGAGAAGGAGGCGGGCUCUCCAGCCGUGGUCAGUGCAGUGUUCAGACAGCCGGGCAACCCGUACACUGUGAGCUCCUCGCGCCGCUUAUCUAGCGCCAAGAACAUGCUGCUCGGUCUGGCUUUGAACGGGGAAGCAGCUGGCAAAAGGAACAAACCUGUCAAAAACCAAAAAGGCAACAAGCUGGAUGUGAAAGUGGACACGCGCGCCUUUCAGAGAUGCAGGCCAGAGUAUAGCAGCUUUACUCAUGACGUAUCCCGCCGUCCAGCUGUCCUUCACAUAAAGGAGGCCUUGUUACUGCUUCAUAAAGUAACUCUGAUAAAAGGCAACAUGGAGCCUUCAGACAUAACCAGCCUUCUUUGUGAACUGGGCCGCGUGGCCCCUGAACAGACUGUGGUGGUAAGAGGCGAUACGUGCUUCUACAUGCUUCUGCGCCACACCAUGGAGAGCCUGCCGAGCUUCACGCACACACAGCUGCUGGAGAUCCUGCAGUCCUUCUUGGCUCUGGAACUCUCCCCCUCGCACGCUGUGCUCGGCCAGCUGGAGAGCGAGUUUGCUCGCCGGGCAGGUGUGAUGGAGCUACGGCAGCUGCUGCUCGCAGCCGACCUGUGGAGAAGCCUUAGAUGCUCAGUGCCGCAGUACCUGGAGAGGCUGGGCGACGUCAUCAGCCGACACUUCGGCCAGAUGGGACCACCAGAGCUGGUACAGUUCAUGUACGUGCUGGGAGAGAGCAGAUAUUGCCCUGCUUCACUCCUGCCACCCCUGGAAGUGCUUCUCAUGCGUCAUCUGGAUCGGCUGAAGGGUGAAGAGCUGGUGACUGUUUGUUUGGGCCUGUUUAAAUCGCAGAGCUCGCUGUCGGAGGGAGCCGUGCGCAGGCUUGUUGACCGGACCCUUGCUGUGAUCGAGCACGUGAGUGACUUUGGCCUGGUUAAUGUGAUGAAGCUGAUGCGCUUCAGCCACCUGGACCAUGUGCCCUGGCUGGAGGCCAUGGCCAAUGAGGUGCCUCGCCGGGCGCCGCAGAUGGGCGUGCAGGGCCUCAUGCACGUGGCCCUGGCCUGCUCUGCACUGCACUACCGUGAUGACCGUAUUCUCCUUUCUGUGGCCCAGCAUUUGCCCCAGAAGGCCUCGCACUACAGGAGCAAAGAUGCCGCCAAGCUCCUGUGGGCAUUCGGUACCCUGGGCAUCGUUCCUGGCCAGUACACCAGCCUGUACUCUGGUCUCACUGAAGUGCUGCGGGAACGGCAGGCCGAAUUCCAGCGCUUCCCUGAGCACCUCCUCACGGCUCUGCUUGGCCUGGCAUUCGCGGGUGAGUUCCCCCACGACCUGCUGAGCCUGGCACUGAGCCCCACCUUCAUCAGGCAAGCCAGCCAACUGCAGAAGAUGGAGCUGAAGAAGGACCUGUUCACUCUGGACGGAACGGUGGGAAUUGAGCUGCCCGGCUGGACCGGACCGCGACUGAGCCCGCCACUCAGGGAGGAGGUGACGAAGCAGCUGUGGGACUACGCCCAGUCCGACGUGUGUCUAAAGAUGGAGGUGGUGGAGGCGGAAUCCAUGCUGAAGGAGCUGCUGGGUGGAGAGGCUUUCGUGUGCAAGCGAAUGAUCCUACCUCACAUGCGCUCCAUAGACCUCGAAGUGCACCUAGACCCCAGUGAUAAACCCCUGAGUCUGACCUCAGACCCCCUUGUCGGCAGCCCUGCUUCAGAUGAGGGCUCGUGCGGCCCUUUGGGAUGGGAAGCAGGGCACGUGGGAGUGAACCUGACCGACGACCUGCUGGCCCAGCUCACCCAUGCCAAGAACACGCUGCUACAGCCUUCAGCGUGUCCUGCCCGGUGCCCGAACCUUUGCCCCGUGGAGCCGCAGGGUGAGAGAGGGGGUAUCCUCAGUGUGGGAGUUGACCUGAGUGACGACCUCUGGCACGCCCUGACCAAGCGCAAGGGACUCUCCCCUGCAGUCGGCCAGGUCCCCUCCAGGCCUGCCCGCCGGCGGCUUGCCAUCCAGGUGACGAAUCGGAACCACUACUGUUACCGGACCCGGCAGCUACUUGGGCUCCACGCCAUGAAGAGGAGGCAGCUGGAACUGGAGGGGUAUGGGGUUGUGGAACUGCCGUACUGGGAGUGGUUACCUCUGCUGCGCCGGGCCCGUGUUGAGAAACUUGCCUACCUGCACUGCAAGAUUUUUAGUAGCUUAGAAGCUGCAAAGAGGUGACUGCUGAUCUCGCAUUCAAGUGUUUCCAUGUGAUUUGCAGAAAUUAACAUAUCAGCUGCCAAUUUGUCAGUUACAUCUUGUCACACAGUUUCAUGAAAUAUUAAUUAAAAUCGGCAUGGUGUAAAAGUGUCAACACAUUGCGAUUUAUGACUUCACAAAAUAAUCUAUUGUAAUGCUUUUACUGCUUCCUAAAGAUGUGAAUGUAAAGCUUAAAAUCUUUAGAUAUAAACUGAUAAAGCAAUAUCUAAUCAGUGCUACGAUUGCUGAACAUAGUGGAAGUCUAAUUUGAGGUAUUGUGUAGGCUUACAUUACAUGUGUCUCCUUACCUGAUAGUUAGUUACUUUUACAAUAUGGUGCUAAUAUAUAAUAAUACAAUAAUAUAUAAUAAUGUGAUGAUAAAACAAAAAGUUACUUAUUUGGUUAAGAACUUAUGAAAUGUGUUUCUGUGAAAUAACUCGCUAGCAAGUCCCAGCGAGCCACUGAUCGUCAUUAACUGACUCAGCAUGCUGGUCACCAGAUCUGCACUGUCAAACCUCUUCAGCAAGUAAGACUUGUGGAAUUAGGAAAAGAAACGAGCAGUUAUCUCGUAGCACGCUUGUUAAUUAUCGAGUACUGUUUGGUGUACCCUCCACAUGUCCUUCGAGUUGCAGUCUUUGUGUUCUUCGGCAGAACUUGCUGUUCGUGUUUCUCUGGGAUCUAUGAGCGGGAAACGCACAGCAUCAACCCCCCCGUUGGCCUUCUCCAACCCGGCUUGGCCGUCACCUCGGUGACGGGGAGCCUUCCAUCACAAGUGUCCUGCCAGCAGCAGAAAGAGAGGAGGGAGGAGAAACGGACACAAUUUGGACAGAAAUAUUAAACUGGCUUGAAUUAG